GUGACUGAAUAGUGGCCACUGGCCACCAAUUUAGGCUCCACUAUACGGUACAAAAAUGUCAUGGACGUGGCAUCUUUGAAAAAUCCAAUUCUUCCCCCUUCCCUCCUUCUUCUUACUUAACCUCUCGUUUUCUAUAUGUCAGGAAAGUGAUCCCUUUUAUCUUCCGCUUCAAACACCGAAUAUCACAAUCCCCAAAGCAAAAGUCACCCUUAGAUUAGAGAGGAUAACAUAAUGUGGGAAAAAAGUGUUACUGCAAUAAUGGUUGCAACAGAGUUCUUAGAGGUGGGCUUAAACACUGUAAAUAAAGCUGCCAUGAACAAAGGACUCAGUGAUUUCGUGCUAGUAUUUUACUCGAACGUUCUUGGCAUCUUUAUGCUUGCCCCAUGUAUUAUCAUCUUCUACAGAAAAAGAAGCCCACCAGUGCUUACAUGGUCUACCAUCUGCAAAAUUUUCCUUCUAGGCGUUCUCAGUUAUGGAGGACAGAUAUGCACAUACAUUGGAAUAGGAUAUGGAUCUCCAACUCUGGCAUCCGCCAUGGCUGAUCUUACUCCAGCCUUCACUUUCAUCUUCUCCAUCAUCUCUCGGAUGGAAAAGCUGGACUUAGGGAUCAAAAGCAGCCAAGCCAAGUCUUUAGGAACUUUGGUAUCGAUCACGGGGGCAUUUGUUGUGACUUUAUACAAAGGCCUUCCACUCACCACUUCUCCAAGGAAGUACAGCUUUCUUCACCAAGUUCUUGGGAUUCCUCACUCCAACUGGAUCAUUGGCGGCUUUUUCCUAGCCUCUCAUAGUGUUAUCUUCGCAAUUAUUCUUAAUGUUCAGACGUGGAUAAUAAGGAGAUACCCAGCAGAGAUGCUAGUAACACUCAUUUGCAGCAUCAUUGUGGCCAUCCUAUCCUCUGUUGUCUCUUUGAUGGUAGAGAAGGACCCAAAUGCUUGGAAAAUUGGGUUUAAUAUGGAAUUAAUAGCUACCGUAUAUACAGCAGCUUUCGCAGUAGCAUUUCGAAGUGUGGUUCACAAAUGGGCGUUGCGGAAGAAAGGGCCUAUCUACGUUUCCAUGUUUAAGCCACUUGAGAUGGUCAUUGCUCUUGCUAUGGGGAUCGCCUUUCUAGGUGACAAACUUUAUCUUGGAAGUUUGCUAGGAGCAGCGAUAAUAGCCAUUGGAUUUUAUGCCGUGAUUUGGGGGCAAGCUCAAGAAGAGAAAAUGGUCCAUGACGCACAGUCCUCAAAUAAAGAUCCUUUACUCCCAAAUACUACUCAUACCUUAGUGGUAUAGUGAUUUUUGGGGAAAAAAUAGAAAGGAGAGGUGCUAGAAGUUGUGAAGGGGAAAUAUUGGAAUAAAGAGAUUAUAGAUACUUUUCUAUUUAACCUCAAUUCUCAAAAGAAAGUAUAGUAAAAUUGUGAUUCAGAUUUUCAUUA